UGAUGCGCACCCCUGUAAACCUUUGAACCCUUCACCCGAUUCUCUCUCCAUCUCUCCUGCGUGCCCCAAGUCUCUCCAGUGUCUGUUCUUCAUCAUCAUCUGGACGAAGAAGAUGCUAGCUCGUCUGGCGGCUCAACGCCUGCUUGAGAUCCGUCAAGCGUUCCGCCAAAUUCCUCAGGCUUCGCGUUCGUUUUCGACUGCCCUAAACUAUCACCUUGAUGGUCCCGACAACAAUCCCGACCUUCCAUGGGAUUUCACCGAUGCGAACAAACAAAAGGUGAAGGAGAUACUUUCUCACUAUCCAUCGAACUACAAGCAAUCUGCAGUCAUUCCUCUGCUAGACCUUGCUCAACAGCAGCAUGGUGGGUGGCUUCCUGUUUCAGCAAUGAAUGCAGUGGCUAAGGUUAUUGAAGUUGCUCCUAUCCGGGUGUAUGAGGUUGCAACAUUCUAUUCGAUGUUCAAUCGAACAAAGGUAGGCAAAUACCACUUAUUGGUUUGUGGCACAACACCUUGUAUGAUUCGUGGUUCACGGGAAAUCGAAGAUGCAUUAUUGAAACACUUAGGAGUGAAACGGAAUGAAGUAACAAAGGAUGGUAUGUUUUCUGUUGGAGAAAUGGAAUGCAUGGGGUGUUGUGUAAAUGCUCCCAUGAUCACAGUGGCUGACUACUCCAAUGGAUCUGAGGGAUAUGCCUACAAUUACUAUGAAGAUGUGACUCCACAGCGGGUUGUUGAGAUAGUUGAGAAGCUAAGAAAGGGGGAGAAGCCACCGCAUGGCACUCAAAACCCAAAGCGCAGUCAUUCCGGGCCAGAAGGGGGGAAUACUACUUUGCUAAGUGAGCCAAAGGCACCUCCAUGCCGGGAUUUGGAGGCCUGCUGAAGUUAGUUUGGCAUUUUACAUUGUCAAUGAAUAAUCCAAGCUCAGAUGCUCAUCCGCAGACCUGACUUGUGACCUGUUGUUUUAACACUUUUGAAGUGGUUCAGUGAUAAUUCAGAUUUCCCCAAAAACUGUCUGGACUCCAGCGGAUACAAUCACGACGAAGGAUUUUUGAUUCAGAAGAUUGUGUUAGUCAUUCCUUAUGUACCAGAUGCCUGAUAGCAGUGUCUCUUCUCUUUUCUCCUCACAGCAAAAGCGACGGUUGGAAUUGUUCGGUAUGAAAACAAACUCGAAAUUGUUUUUCAAUCCAAUACGAUGGGGGUGUAUUUAAGUUGUUACAUGCAAUAAUUUUGGACCGUGGACUAUGUAGGUACUGCGAUGCAAUUCUUUUCGAUUA